UGGUUCAUCUGCCUGGGACAAACUAUAAUGAAGGAAAUCUGAACGACAACGCCAACUAUCCAAACGAUCUCGGACCUAUUGCAUAUGCACCUGACUAUCUCCCGGACAUCGAAGUUGUGGCCCAACAUCUUUUUUCUCGCCGAUCCUCCCCAAGACCUACCGGAUUUUCCUCCCAAUUUUGAGGCUGAUGAGCAUGAAUUGCUUUCACACAGUGAUGAGAGCGAGAGCUGUGAUGACGAUUCGAGUUCAGAAAGUGAAAGGGACAGUCAGGCUGGUCGUCUUUCAGACAUCGAGGUGGUUGACCUUGAAGAGUUCCCGGAAGAUGUCCAACCUCGCCCUCUGUCGGCAUCACCAUCACGUGACGAUCAGCGGGCAUAUGAGGAUGUAAGAGCUGUUGUUGAAGGUGUAGUGGCUGAUAUUGCUGGUGGGGUCGAUGAUGGCGUACAGUUGCGAGACGGCCAAGCCGAUGUUGAGGCUGCAGAAGACCUUGUUCAAGCAGAAGCAGCGGUUGGGGAAGAGGGGCUCCCGGCAAGAGCGUACCCUGAAGGAAUCUUCGAGCCCCGGGAAAAUGAUGAACAUUUGUCUUAUGAUCUCGGCCGAAUUAUCUUAUCCGAUUCUGAUAUGUCUUUGGAGAAUGCUCUUUGCGUCGACCAACCACCAUACAAGUGGAACCACACGUUCCACCAUCUAGAGAGGGGGACGCCCCUUCAGCCCCAACUACCCAAGGUGCGCCGUCUGAGACAGAAGCUCAAGGUAUUCCUCACCAGUGAGUGCGGUGACGUCACCGGAAGCGUACUGGGAGCAGAGAUCAUGCGCAGAGUGGCCAAAGACCAUUACACCCGACGGCGCAUCAUGGUGAUACUUAACAAACUCAGCGGCCAGGAAGACGGACUAGCGGUCAACGUCAGCGAAAUCGGCGACUCGGUUUGCGUUUCCGUCGUGGAUCAGCUGCCGCCGACCAUCACCGCUAAAGACACAUGCCAGCGCACAAGGCGGGAACGUAUUAUGGAGCGCAUGCGCAGGGCCUGGGACAACUUCCGACGCCGAUUCAGACGUCUGCGAGACCGAUUCACAGGCCGUUACUCUUACUGAUAACGUUUUAGUUCCGUUAUAUAUUUCCUAAUGCAGUCAGUGGCGCGUAUAUGCAUGUCCUCGUGUAAGUUAGUGUUUUCACCUGUGUUUAUGCAUGGUCAAGGUGCAUUCACUCUUUAGUUCUUUGAGUAAGUUGACAUAGUGUGAUUGCAAGACUCGCCAUGUUUAUGUCGUGUAUUAUGUAGAAUGUUACAUAUUAAUUUUCGUAUUUAUUCUGCAAGUAAAAUCAUUGGACACA